AAUUUGCAGAAGGAUGAGACAAGAACAGUAAAACCUGAGAAGGAAUGUGAGGAAAGGUUAUGUAAUGAUGCCGUGGACCCUUUUGUCCUGCUUUGUCUUAAGGCUGCCUCUGCUUCCAGGUCAUUGGUGGAGGUCAGUGGUGUGACUUCAGUCUUUUUAUUCUGUGAAAAACUUCCAUAUUGGACUGGGCCUUGGAGAAAACAUACUUCAGCAAAAGGAUCAUGGCUGCUGUUCCUCAAAAUAAUCUACAGGAACAACUGGAACGUCAUUCGGCGAGAAAGCUUAAUGAUAAAUUGAGUCUUUCAAAACCGAAAUCUUCAGGUUUCACUUUUAAAAAGAAAGUGCCUUCAGCCAACGAUGUCUCUGUAACCAGUGUGUCAGGGGCAAAAACACCUGUGUUGAGUGAUAAAGAUGUUAAUAUCACUGAGGCCUUUUCCUUCAGUGAACCUUUACCCCACACCACCCAUCAGCAGACGGGGAUCAAUGACUUUAAAAGUGCUCCAUCCGGACCGCAAACUAAGAGAGUUGGUUCAAAACCACUAUUGCCAAGUUUGUCGCAGGUUCCCCAGGAAGUUUCAUGUACAGCCCAGAACACACCGGUUAUAAAGCAAUCCUACAAUGCUACUUUCAAGAAAUUAGAAUUUAGUUCCUCAUCAGAUUCUCUUAUUCCCUUAAAUGAUUGGGAUGAUAUAGAUGACUUCGAUACUUCUGGAAAUUCUAAAGCAUUUGUGACACCGUGCACAAACCGCUUCAUAAGAGUAAGCACUGCUCAGAAAUCAAAAAAGUCUAAGGGGAACUUAGUAAAAGCACAGCUUAAUAAAACAAAUACAGGGAAGACUGAUUUGGCUCCCUCCUCCUCUGAGAACAAGCAGGAACGUUUGACUGAGAAACAGAAGGAUGACUCAGAAUGGUUAAGUAGUGAUGUGAUUUGCAUUGAUGAUGACCCCAAUUCCGAAGAGCUGAUAAAUGAAGAUACUCAGGAAAAUCACUUGUUAAAAACUCAUUUGGGAGCGGAAACAGAUAAUUGGGAAAAGAAGAAAAACUCGGAAGAAACAGAAUUACGUUCAGUUGAGAGAUCUUCAUGUGUUGAGCUUGACGAAGAUGAUUAUGACAUAGAUUUUGUCCCACCUUCUCCAGAAGAAGGAAUGACUUCUACCUCUUCAUCCUCUUUAAAAUGCUCCAGUAUGUUAAAGGAUCUUGACACUUCUGACAAAAAGGAUAGUCUUAGCACAUCAGAAGACUUGUCAAAACCCAAGGAAAUGGCCACACAGCAGCCUCAUCGAGAAACCAGCCCAAGCUGUGAAGCUAGACAGACAAGCUUACAGCAGCAGCUUGUCCGUGUGAUGGACCGAAUCUGUACAUUAGUUGAUGGUGUUCCUGAUGAUGAGCUGAAAACUUUGGAUUGUGGGAAUGAGCUGCUCCAGCAGCGGGACAUAAGAAGGAAACUCCUAGCUGAAGCGGAUUUUGAUCCCAGUGAUGCCAGUGUUCUUAGCUCCUUGUGGGGAUGUAGGCCUGAUCCCUUGGAGAGCCCUGUGGAGGACUCUGCCUCUGUUUCCUUACCUUACACGUUUCCGAAGGGUGAUUCCUGUCCUGCAGGGAAUGCUGUGAAGGAGUUCACUCUUUCACACCUCCCCUCAAAUUCCAUGUCCACCCGGGAACGUUUACUGACUCCUCCCCUAGGAAAGAAGGGAGUCUCAGCCACCACGAAGAGUCCCUUUGAAAGACCGCUAUUCAGUUCCCAUUUACAGAAGUCCUUUGUAAGUAGCAACUGGGCUGAAACACCGAGGGCAGAGAAAAGAAAUGAAAGCCCUGAUUUCCCAGGAAAUGUUCUCACAAGCACGGCUGUGAAAGAUCAGAAUAAAUAUACCACCUCCGUAAAUGACUUGGAAAGAGAACUCCAGGCUGCUUGCGAGAUUGACAAUUUUAACAUAGAUGACUUUGACGAUGAUGAUGAUGAUGACUGGGAAAAUCUGAUGCAAAAUUUAGCAGCCAACAAAUCUUCCACAGCUGCCUACCCACCCAUUAAGGAAGGUCGACCAGUUAAAUCAGUGUCAGAAAGACCUUCUUCCGCCAAGACAGACUGCCUUCCAGAGGCAUCUACCACUCAAAAUAAAAACUUCUCAGAGUCAAUUCCGAAUUACCCUGACAAGACGGAGCAGAAUGUAGCAUCCAGAAAUCCGAAACACAAGCGUUUCCAAAGUCUUAAUUUUCCUCAUACAAAAGAAAUGAUGAAGAUUUUUCAUAAGAAAUUUGGCCUGCAUAAUUUUAGAACUAAUCAGCUAGAGGCGAUCAAUGCUGCACUGCUUGGCGAAGACUGUUUUAUUUUAAUGCCCACUGGAGGUGGUAAAAGCCUGUGUUACCAGCUCCCUGCCUGUGUUUCUCCUGGGGUCACUAUUGUCAUUUCUCCCUUGAGAUCACUUAUAGUGGAUCAAGUCCAAAAGCUGACUUCCUUGGAUAUCCCAGCUACAUAUCUGACAGGUGAUAAGACGGACUCAGAAGCUACAAGUAUUUACCUCCAGUUAUCAAAAAAAGACCCAAUUAUAAAACUUCUGUAUGUUACUCCAGAGAAGGUCUGUGCGAGUAACAGGCUGAUCUCUACUCUGGAGAAUCUAUAUGAGAGAAGGCUCUUGGCACGUUUCGUCAUUGAUGAAGCGCACUGUGUGAGUCAGUGGGGACAUGAUUUUCGUCCAGAUUACAAAAGAAUGAAUAUUCUUCGCCAGAAGUUCCCUUCUGUUCCAGUGAUGGCUCUCACUGCCACAGCCAACCCCCGGGUACAGAAGGACAUACUCACUCAGCUGAAGAUUCUCAGGCCUCAAGUGUUUAGCAUGAGCUUCAACAGACACAAUCUAAAAUACUACGUGUUACCCAAAAAACCUAAAAAGGUGGCAUUUGAUUGCUUAGAAUGGAUCAGAAAGCAUCACCCAUAUGACUCAGGGAUAAUUUACUGCCUCUCCAGGCGAGAAUGUGACACAAUGGCUGAAACAUUACAGAAGGAUGGCCUUGCUGCCCUGGCUUAUCACGCCGGCCUCAGUGACUCCGCCAGAGAUGAAGUACAGCACAAGUGGAUUAAUCAGGAUGGCUGCCAGGUAAUCUGUGCGACAAUUGCCUUUGGAAUGGGCAUUGACAAACCAGAUGUGCGCUUUGUGAUCCACGCCUCCCUCCCAAAGUCUGUGGAGGGUUACUACCAAGAGUCUGGCCGAGCCGGAAGAGACGGGGAGAUCUCUCACUGCAUACUCUUCUACACCUACCACGACGUGACCCGGCUAAAGAGGCUUAUCCUGAUGGAAAAAGAUGGAAACCGUCAUACACGAGAGACCCACUUCAAUAAUUUGUAUAGCAUGGUACAUUACUGUGAAAAUAUAACAGAAUGUAGGAGAAUACAGCUUUUGGCUUACUUUGGUGAAAAUGAAUUUAAUCCUCAUUUUUGUAAGAAAUACCCAGAUGUUUCAUGUGAUAACUGCUGUAAAACAAAGGAUUUUAAGACAAAAGAUGUGACCGAUGAUGUGAAAAAUAUUGUAAGAUUUGUUCAAGAACACAGUUCAUCUCAGGGAAUAAGAAACGUAAAGCAUAUAGGUCCUUCUGGGAGGUUCACUCUGAACAUGCUGGUCGACAUUUUCUUGGGGAGUAAGAGUGCAAAAAUCCAGUCAGGAAUAUUUGGAAAAGGAUCUACUUAUUCAAGACACAACGCCGAAAGACUUUUUAAAAAACUGAUACUUGACAGGAUUUUGGAUGAAGACUUGUACAUCAAUGCCAACGAUCAGCCAAUUGCCUAUGUGAUGCUCGGAAGUAAAGCACAAACCGUACUAAAUGGGCAUUUAAAGGUAGACUUCAUGGAAACGGAAAAUUCCAGCAGGGUGAAAAAACAAAAAGCAUUAGUAGCAAAGGUGUCUCAGAGGGAAGAGGUGGUUAAGAAAUGUCUUGGAGAACUUACAGAAGUCUGCAAAUCUCUGGGGAAAGUUUUUGGCGUCCACUACUUCAAUAUUUUUAAUACCGUCACUCUCAAGAAGCUCGCAGAAUCUUUAUCUUCUGAUCCUGAGGUUUUGCUUCAAAUUGAUGGUGUUACCGAAGACAAACUGGAAAAAUAUGGUGCUGAAGUGAUUCCAAUAUUACAGAAAUACUCUGAGUGGACAUUGCCAGCUGAGGACACCUCCCCACGGAGAAGCCCCUCCAGCAGCAGAGGCACUGAAAAAAACACCCCUGAGGAGUCAGAUGAGGAAGCACCCAUAUCUUCUCACUACUUUGCAAAUAAAACCAGAAACGAAAGAAAGAGGAAAAGGAUGCCAGCCUCCCAAAGAGCCAAGAGGAGAAGAACUGGUUUCGGUGGUUCAAGGACGAAAGGGGGGUCCAGCACAUGCCGAAGGAUGCCUUCUAAAACUAAACCCUCCGACAUAAUCGGACCCAGUUCCACUUUGCAUGGUUCUCAAGCAGCAUCAGGAGUCAGUAGGAAAUUGGGCAUUAUGGCUCCACCAAAGCCUAUAAAUAGACCGUUUCUGAAGCCUUCAUAUGCAUUUUCAUAACAACCAAAUCUCGAUGUACAUAGAUCUCAUUUCUUGUUUGUCAGCAUCUGACCAUCUGUGAAUAUAAAGCUGUUAGUUUCGUUAUACCAUUUGUAAAUUUUUACCCGUAUCUAUUAAUAUUUAAAUAAAUGCUCGGGGUGACA